UGAUUAAUAACAUUGAUGAACAUAUUUCGCAAAUUGGCACCUAAACGUGUAGCAGUAAUCGUAGUGGUAGAAUGGGCAUAAGUUGACUCCAUUGUUGUUAACAAAAAACAAUAAAAUGUAUAGAAGAAAAAAAUGAUUUUAUUGCAGCAAUUACUCAUUUUGAAAAAAGUUACUGAAAAAAAGAUUUGCAUAAAUUUAAUUUUUGAGCGAGCGAGAAACGUAAAAUCACGCAAAAUCGUAUUUUAGUACAAUGUAGUCAGCAGCGAUCAAACAGUGGCGACAAAGUGGGCGAUAAUAAAGUCAAGGCGAUGAAAAAGUUGGCGACAAAGUGGCUGAUAAUAAAGUCAAAGCGAUAGAAAAGUUUGGCGGUGAAAUGGCCGAUAAUAAAGUCACGGCGAUGAAAAAGGUGGCGUCAAAAAGUAUCGUUGUCUAGAAAAUUUUUUUUCUGAUUUUUCUCUCCAAAAAAAUUUUCGGGGUUCUGUUUUUUUUUGUUUAAAGGGACUUAAUUUUUUAAUUUUUUGUUCAGUUACAUUAAUCCAAUUUUAUACUUAAAACAAUUUUCUACUGAUUUCUUCGUGUAGAUUAAAGUAAAGCCUAUUGCUACGAAUGAAAAAUUUCUGCAGGAGUUUAUCACACGCCUUACCGGCCAUUUUAACUUGGUCUCUAAUUGUUGGCUGCUCAGCGGCGUUUUUCUAUAUUCUCGUUCCGGCGUUAAUUAUCAAACUUGGGACGUUUGGCUAUCUUUUUUGUGCGAUAGAUUUUGUUCUCUUUGCUUUUUGUAUUUCGAAUUUGUUUAUGGCGACGACAAUGGAUCCUGGUACUCAUCCAAUCGCAACCUCUUCUGAAGUAGCCAAUUUGGACGAUUUCCGUUCGCCUCUUUAUAAGAGUGUUGAGAUAAACGGAAUAACAGUUAGAAUGAAAUGGUGCGUUACUUGUAAAUUCUACAGGCCUCCGCGUUCUUCACAUUGUUCAGUUUGUAACAGAUGCAUAGAUUGCUUUGAUCACCACUGCCCUUGGGUCCACAAUUGUAUUGGUCGACGAAAUUAUCGCAACUUUUUCUUGUUCCUUUUCUUCCUCAGCUGGCAUAUGAUUUGUGUGUUUAGCCUCUCAUUAAGCUACACACUCCUAAGUCGUCGAGACAUUCUUACAAGGCCAAAUCUUUGCUCAAUUGUAUUAAUGUCAAUUUGUACUUUACUUGCUGUUCCUGUUAUUGGGUUGACUUGCUUUCACAUUGUUCUGGUUUUGAGAGCGAGGACAACAAAUGAACAGGUAACGAAUAAAUUCCGUGCUGGUCUGAAUCCUUUUACGGUUGGGUGUUGUGGAAAUUUGUGUCAUUCUUUAUGCUCCAGUCAAUUUCCAACUUAUGAAAGACCUAACAAGAAAAAUCAAAGGGUACCUAGAGAAGCAGUUAUUGUGUAUGUGCCGGAAUGCGACAAUCAAAAGGAUGGUCAAAUCAGGUUGAAGAGAGGUGUUGGUGAAGACAGCGCGGUCUCUAUUGGUACAGCAGUCUCAGGGGUUGGAUUUAAAUCGGCAAAUUCUUUAAAUCGUGUAAGAAUGAUUGCUGACUCAAGAGAAGACGAUUCUAGGUGCAAUUUAUUCAAUGCGGAUGAAGAGGAAGAAGAAAAUCAAAAGAAGUUGGAAGUGAAAGUCAACAAUAAUUCGGCUAAUGUUGAUUGUGAAUUACCUCUCUCGGCCUAUGAACGUAGUCUUCAUGAAGCUUACAAGGAUGUUCCACAUGUUCGCCUUUCAAGUUCAGAAAAUUCAGCUACGCAAUCAUUACUUGGCGGUGGAAAUAUCAAAGGUCUUUGCAAAGCGGAUUUAAAGAAUGUCAGAAGCAAUAGAAGGAACAACAGCAGUCCAACAAAAAGAAAUUCUUUUCAUGGAAUGUUAUCAAUUAAUAGAAAAAAUGAAGCAUCACCAAAUGGAGUAAUGACAAGUAUUUCUGAAUGUAGUAGAGGAAAUUCUACAAUUUAUACUAAUACAACAACAACGUCUUUACUUACUGAAAAUGAAAUGUCAAGGAGUACUAGACCGCUUAAAUUUACGGAGGUUUGUUUUUUAUUUUUUGUUCAAACGAGAUCUUUUUUAUUUGUUAGUUUUAACUUAUUUUUGAGUGAGAGCUUUAGACUUGGAGUUCGGCACGGGAGGGAUCUCGUAUUGGAUUGUUGGGAUUCUGUCCUCGAACCCUGGGUUUUAAGGGACAAAGGUUUACUAGAUUAA